AUGCGAGCUUUCCAACAACCGCCUCUCUUCAUCCUCUUUUCUUUCUUGCCGGGGUAUACAGCGCUCUCAUCUUCCUUGUACACCUCUCCGCUACAAGCCCUGCAUUUUCCCUACCAUCAGGAUGUCUCUCGCUGCAUGCUUUCUCCUCCUCCUGUGUGCAGCGGCAGCGGGAUUCCAGGCGUUGCUUCCAAAAAAGCUACCGGCGCAGCAGGAGAGUCGGUCAGUGAAGCCAGUGAAGCCGGUCUGUCGGAUCGGGGAUCGAAACCGGUACCAGAAGCGGCCGCAGGGGAGCCGGCGGGGGAGCCGGCCGACAUGGCAUCUGCCAGCCAUCCGGUUUCCGCUCAGGUCGUUUUUUACGAUCAGCCGACCUUCCCCGGCCAUUUCUACGUGGCGGAUUGCCGCAGGUGGAUGAGCGUGGUGCGCGGAGGAGUAGAGGAUGGUUCAGAUGGGUCGGAAGGCUUAGACGAGGAAGGCGUAGGAGUUCCGGGUGGCAAGGGAUCGGAGAAGUCGGCAGCGAACGGAGCGAAUGAUGCGGUUACCACUUCGACGAGCGAGACGGGGCGGGUGGGCGUGUGGCUGCGGUCGUUCUGGGCCACCUCGGGGCACAUCGAACCCCCCAGGACGCAGAGAGCCAAGUCACGCGGAUAUGACGCAGAGAGCCAAGUCGCGCGGAUAUGUGAGUGCAGAGCGGUGGAGCGUCAGACGCAGAGAGCCAAGUCGCGCGGAUACGUGAGUGCUGGGGCUGCCAUCAGGUGGUUGCAGGGGUUCAGAUCGCGCAUGUUCUUCCUUGGGAAGGCAACACCCAAGCCCAGCAAGGCCGCUGACUCCAGUGCAAGCACAGCCCCUUCAGAAGCAGAGGGGCUCCCCAGCCUUAUUCACGUCAACUCAGCUUCUGACAUAAAUUCAGCUAUUGGCGUCAAGUCAGCAGGCGAAUUUGCAAGGGAGAGCAUGCAAGGCAUCCCUGGGAAAACACCUGCCCAACCAGGGGUUUCACAGGGGGAGCUGAGUCAGGGAGGGUUGGGCCAGGUGAAGGCAGAACCGGGGCAGGUUGCAACUGGUCCAGAUUCACUGCACCAGCAGCUUCUGGGGCCGCCUGUGCGGGAGAGUGUGAAGCAGGCUAAGGGAGUGGAGGGUUUGGUAGGGGCAGAGGGGAGUGUAGCGACUGUUAAAGAGAGGGAUGCAUUAUGGGGGACGGUUUUGGGGGUCAAGGGUGGGGAAUAUAAGGAGGUGAUUUUAGAGGGGGGGAUUGUAGAGGAGGGAGAGGAUUCUGCUGCGUUGGAUUCUGUGGGGCACGUUGGCCGGCUGAGUUUGGCUGUAGCGACUCAGAUUGCGGCUGCGCCCGUGGCGCUGCUGCUGAUGUUGCAAGAAGCGGGGGUGGUUACCAUCUCGCUGGUAACUUCCUCUGGCAGGGCGGCAACGGCUGCUCUGAAAAGCAAUUCUGCCACGUGGCAGUGCAUGAUUCGCAGGCAGCGGCUAAUCGCCUCACUUCGUGCAGCCCUCCAAUCAGCGUCCUGUUUUUCAAACGAGGGCGUGUUCGUUGAAGGGGGUGUGAUGGUGUCAGAUGGCCACGUGGCAGCAGCAGCAGAGGACAAAACAGCAGCUGCUGCUGCUGCUGCUGCGGAAGUAUCAGGUCCUGCUGCUGCCACUCGUAGCAACCCCCCUGACCCGUCCACUCAGCCUGUUAAGGGCGCAUCCUUGAAAGCAUCCCUGUCCUCAGCCUCAGGCCCUCCUGAAACGUCUCUCAACCAGGACCCCUGCUUUCCGACAGACCCUGCAAACCUGAAUCACUUUCCUCAUGAAAUCCCCAACUCUGCUCGGAACUCUUUAAAAAAACCCAAACUUCCCCUCUAUUCUUCCAUGGACCUCCACAUCGCGCAGCACCGCAUUGCAUCCCCUCUGACCUCUCUCCUGCUGGACCAUACCCUUGGGCUCCUCUUCUCCCUCCUCCUUCUCUUCUUCUUCCAAUCGGUGGCAUCGGCUGUCUCCUCCCUCUUCUUUUUCCUGACCAAUCACGUGCUCCGGACCAGCAUAGUGCUACUAAUCUCCCAGCCUAUUGGACUCAAACUCAAUGAUGAGCUCACAGCUGCGUUCGGCGCCCUAUCCUGGCAGGCACUGCAGGCUUGGGCUAGGUUCGGCAGCGUGUACGGCUCGGUGCUGCCGUACCUGGCGGUUCUGACGGUUGGUUCGGCGGGGCUGUUCCUGGGAAUGUCAGCUGCGGUGGGGGUGAUUGCGGAUUUGGUGCUGCUGUCGAACCUCCAGCUGGCGCUCGUUCAUUGGUGCUUGGCGCCGAUGUAUCGCAUGCAGCUGAAUGCUGUCAUUGCCCUCUGGCGCCUCUUCAAGUGA